AUGACUCCAUUCCUCAUCUUCGCCCUGCUGGGCGCCGCCGUUGCUUUCCCCACAAGCAAUGACGAUGACGACAAGAUCGUCGGAGGCUACACGUGCAGGGAGAAAUCCGUGCCCUACCAGGUGUCCCUCAACGCCGGCUACCACUUCUGCGGCGGCUCCCUCAUCAAUGACCAGUGGGUGGUGUCCGCGGCUCACUGCUACAAGUCCCGCAUCCAGGUGAGGCUGGGUGAGCACAACAUCGAUGUCCUGGAAGGUGAUGAGCAGUUCAUCGACUCGGUCAAGGUCAUCCGCCACCCUCGCUACAGCAGUUGGACCCUGGACAAUGACAUCAUGCUGAUCAAGCUGUCCUCCAAGGCCACCAUCAACGCCCGGGUGGCCGCUGUGGCCCUGCCCUCAGCCUGCGCGCCCGCCGGCACCAUGUGCCUCAUCUCUGGCUGGGGCAACACCCUCAGCUCCGGCGUGAACUACCCCGAGCUGCUGCAGUGCCUGGAUGCCCCCCUGCUGAGCCACGAUGAGUGCGAGGCUUCCUACCCCGGUGAGAUCACUGACAGCAUGGUCUGUGCCGGCUUCCUGGAGGGCGGCAAGGACUCCUGCCAGGGUGACUCCGGCGGCCCCGUGGUCUGCAACGGGGAGCUGCAGGGCGUGGUGUCCUGGGGCUACGGCUGCGCGCAGAAGGACAGGCCCGGGGUCUACACCAAAGUCUGCAACUUCGUGGACUGGAUCCAGGAGACCAUGGCUGCCAACUGA